UAGAAUACCCGUAAAACAAGAAGUUAUAUAUGCAUCAAAUCUUUUGGGUAAACAAUAAGAUUUGAAACCCUAAAACAAUUGAUCUAAAAUCAUUUGCAAUUACCCAUGGAAGAGCCUCACAUAGCAGUGGUUCCUAGUGCCGGCUUCACCCACCUUGUUCCAAUUCUGGAAUUCUCCAAACGCCUCCUUAGUCUCCACCCACGCUUCCAAGUCACGUGCCUCAUCCCCUCAGUUGGUUCAUCACUCUCACCUUCCUCCCAGUCUUACCUUCAAACCCUUCCACCAACCAUUCACCCAAUUCUUCUUCCUCCAGUAAGCAAAGAGCACGUGCAAGCUGAGCAAAGCCUUGCUGUCCAAAUUGAACUCAGCGUAACCCACUCUCUCCCUCACAUCAAACAAGAAUUGAGUUCCCUAUGCUCAAGAGCCCGUGUUGUGGCCUUGCUUGUCGACGUUUUCGCACACGAUGCUCUCCAGUUCGCCACCGAAUUCAAUCUCUUAUCUUAUAUAUACCUUCCACAAGCUGCUCUGAUUCUUUCGUGGUAUCUGUAUUCACAAGAGUUAGAUGAGAUUCUCUUUUCUGAGAACAGAGACCCGGAAGAAUCUAUAGAGAUUCCCGGUUUUGUGCCGAUGCAUAGCAGGGAUCUUCCCUUUCAGUCCCGAUCCAGCCCCGGUUACCGGAAAUUUCUCGAACGCGCCGAGAAGUUUCAGCUCCCUGAUGGAGUCUUUGUUAAUAGCUUUCAUGAGAUGGAAGCAAGCACGAUAAAUGCGUUGCGAGAUGAGAUAAGACAAAAGAAAAGAAAAACCAUGGUUUACCCGGUUGGACCGAUCACGCAGAGCGGUUUUAACGGCCGAGAAAAUGGAUCCGAGUGCUUGAAUUGGUUGGACGAGCAAGAACCAGAAUCUGUGCUAUAUGUUUCCUUUGGAAGUGGCGGCACGCUUUCCCAAGAUCAGUUGAAUGAAUUGGCGUUUGGGUUGGAGCAAAGUGGAAAGAAAUUCUUAUGGGUUUUGAGACCCCCUAACGAUAUAGCCUCUGCUAGUUACCUUGGAGGAGAAGCUGAAGACCCUAUGCAAUUCUUGCCACGUGGAUUCUUGGAGAGAACCAGUAAGAAGCAAGGAUUGGUGGUUCCGCUUUGGGCCCCACAGGUACAGAUUCUUGGCCACGGUUCAACGGGGGGUUUUGUGUGUCAUUGUGGUUGGAAUUCGGUUCUUGAGAGCGUUAUAAAUGGUGUGCCGGUUAUAGCGUGGCCAUUGUUUGCUGAGCAGAGUAUGAACGCCGUGAUUCUAAGUGAUGCUUUGAAAGUGGCGGUGAGGCCAAAAGCAAAUGACAGUGGAUUGGUUGAAAGGGAAGAAAUUGCAAGAGUCGCUAGAGAGUUGAUGGAUGGUAAAGAAGGUAUUGAAAUUCGCAAAAGGAUGAAAAGUUUGAGCAUUGCUGCUGAGAAUGCAAUAAAGGAAGACGGACCAUCCACCAAGACUCUGGCAGAGGUUGUUGCCACUUGGAAAUGAAUCUAGUAUAACAAAACUUUAUUUACAGCUGUGAAUUGUGAUACAUGUACAACGAGUUAAAAGUAAUGUAAAUCCGGUUUCUAAGCCAUGAUCAAA